CAAAGCUAAAAAGAUGUUUAGUGGCUAGUGCUAUGGCUGGGACCCUAUUUGUAUUGUUGAUGAAGUUAGGUGCUGUUCUGAGCAUUACUUGUGGCUAUAGAGUGGCUUUUUGGUUGAGAUUUGCAUGUGGAGACAUAGACCGCUGUGUAGUGCUAUCAUGCGGUCAGUACUAAAGUUGGUAUAACUAGAGAAGCAAGCAGUCAGCAACAUUCAUCUCUUGAGAGGGUGUCUAACUUGGUGUUACGGUUUGUUUGACCCUAAGUUAAUAUUAUGCCGGAAUAUCCCUUUAAAUAUGAAGUUUCACUCUUGGUGCAGUGUGUAAGCAGAUUAAUAAGCUACAUAUCAAAAACUGCUUUUUAAACCAGAUGGUAAGCAUGUUAAUCCUGCAAUUAAAAAAUGACCUUUUUAUGGGAUGAUACAGAGAUUCAUUGAUUUUUGCAACCAGCCCCUCAUGGACACUUAACAUUUCUGCACUUCACACAUAAGGUUGAUGAAUGAUUCUGAUCAUUAAAAAAAGAGAAUUCAAGAUGAGAUCUUCUUACAAAUCUAUUAAAAAUCCAAGAAGAUGAUCUUCUUAAAUACAAUUAGACUUCUAGUAUUUGUUAACAUUAAAGUGGUUGACAUGAGUCUAAGUGAAGAUGUUUUUGUCCGUGACUCCCUCUCUCUUCAUUCAGUGCAUUGGUCCGUCCUCUCUCUCCUCCCUCCUAUGUUGAUGUCACUUGGAGGCAGGAUUUCAGGACUCCACAGUCAGAGCUGAAACUUCUUCACACAGAACUGAGAAAAAAUAAUCCACCGAGGAGAAAAACUUUCGUUCUCUGUUUAAUGUUUUGGACUCUUUAGCAGAGACAUGAGACUGCAGAGAAGAACCUGCUGAAACAGACAGACAUGGACAAACAGAAAGGUACGGUGCUCACUCUGUUUAUCUGUUAUAUACGUUUUAACCAUGUGACAAUAAAACUAAAGAGUAAUUAUGAAAGCAUACUCACAUCAUUUCCUUAUGUACGAAAAGUGCCAUAUAAAUAAAGCUGAAUUGAAUUGAAUUGAAUUGAAUUGAAUCACUGGGGAUUAAAUAUAAGAAUCACAAGUUUCCAGUGAAAUUCAAUGAAACCUUAAAUCGUAGGAAGUUUUGGAUAAUUCUCCUGAGAUGUUUUGCAGUCACAGCAAUUAUCGCCAAAGACAUAAAAUAAGGGAAAUUUUAAAACUUUAUUUAAUGUGAAAUUUGACAUAAAUUUUAAAAUUUGAAAUUUAAGGCAAUGUGAAAGUACUGUAAUAGCCUUAGUAUGAGUGUGGAAAUAAUUUUGUGUAGUGUUUUAGAGAUGUAGAAAAAACAUCUCUCAAUACAGUUGUUUAGAAAUUGUUUUUUUUCGUAUGAAGAUUAAAUGCAUUUUGUGUGCAUUAGAUAAAGGUUUUGUGUGAUUGACUGAUAACCUUCAAAUAUUGUGACAUAACAUAUGAAAUACAACCUGAAACAAUUCUGAACAUUUGAUAAAAUCUUUUUUUUUGGCAGUGUUCAAUGUUUUUAUACCCGGUUAAAGCUCUUGUGAGAAAAUUUCAGUUUGUGUCAAUGUUGGCCCCCCUGUAGACUUUUACUAUCCUCUAUGAGCUUAAGUGGCGUCUUUGAACCUAAAAUUUAUCCUGUUGACAUUUAACAGCCAAAUAAUUGAUAAUGAACAAAUUAAGUCUGUUUCUACAGCUGCUCAGCUGACACCUACUCCACUGCAUUAUUUUCAGGAUAUAAAAAUGGUUUAUCUUGUCACUGAUGGUUUUGUUUGCUUUUGGACAUCAAAUUCAUACUGAUGAAUUGUAUCAGUAUGAAUUUCAGUGCAGCUCAUACAUGUCAAAAAAUCCUCGUAGGAGCUUUAAUAUAAUGCUCCAUUUUCUAAAAUAAGGGCAAUGCUUUGAAUUUAUGAGGCAUGUAUAAAGGUCCUGUGAAGGAGCUGUGUUGAUUUUGCACCCCAUGUUGACUAAACUGUAGCUCUCAUCUCUUUGGUUCUUCUAUCCUUUACACAAAGGUCAAGUUUUUCUGACAAAUAAACUCUCAGGUUUUAAACUCUUCAUGGAUCCCUUGCAUGGAAAAGCUAAAAACGCUUCAUCUUGACAAACACUUACCCCUUGCCUGUAGUUUUGAACAGCACAAAUUACUAUUUAGAAAUUCUUGGUCUUGUGGUUAGUGAUCAUACAGGUCAUGUAGAGACAUCACUAUGAAUUUGAGUCUGUUACAUAAGCAGGUAAAAACAUUUUGUAUUGUACAAUUGUUGUUUAAACAAGUGAUCAAUGACUUAGUCAAUUUUAAUUUGUACUGAUAAAACACUGAGGGUCAACUUUUGUUAAAUAUUUAAGAAAAUGCCUGAAAUUGGUCAUCAUAUAACAAAAGAGAAAAAAAAAACAUUUUCCCAGGAAUAAAUGAGUCAAAGUGGCGUGUCAAGAAUAUGAUAAAUGAUCUCCCUAACCUGUUGACGUCAUUUUUUUCUUCUUUAUCUCACUGAUGGUAUGUAAACUAAAGCAGCAAAACAUUCGGAAACACCCGCCUGUCCUCCUCCAUCCUUCUUCCUCCCACUCCUCAUCAUCAUCAUCCUCACUUCCUCCUCCUGCUGCCCUCCGGAGACAGGGCUAAUAGACUGUUUGGAUUCACACUAGCAAUUUAGCAUUUUUUCUACCAUUACAUACCCUCUGACCAACUGCAGAAGCUGGAUUUAGGAGUAUGACUUCAUCUGUUAACUGUGUCCGAACUCUCUAGGCCAACUCUCUCAGAAAGAAAAAGAUAAAGCUAAGAAAAGUUUUAGUGCAUUUUUCUGAGAGGAAUCCAAUUUAGACUUUUCAAAGAAUAUGUAAGUGGAUUGCUCUUUUCUUUAAACUGGACCUCCCUGGAUGAUCAGAUUGUUAAUAUACAGUGGGGUUACUCUUGUCAUCAGUUGGUCUCGAGGUGUUAUCAAUAUUUAUUCAUUGUAUUUGUUUUCAUAUUUUAAGAUAUUAACUAAAAUUUGCACUGUGUCAGUUACUUGUUUUUGAUUGGUCGAUUCCCCAAGCAACAGUCAGUCACUUUGUGACAAAAUCCAUUGCUAUGGAUGCAGCUGUAUUCAUCCGGCCUGUCUAUUCAGUGGAAAGAAGAAAAGAGAUGGAGACAGCAGGAGUGAAGCAGGAGAAGUUACAGAAUAUACUGAGACAGAAAAACUCAGUCAGGUGUUGGGUUGAUUCAUGGAGCUGUUCACAAGGUUUGUCGUCACCACAACCAGAAAAAGUUCAGUUUAAAGUAAGAUAUUGCAUCGUAAACAGAGCUCAAACUCUGAGCCUAACGGACUACUUUCAGCAAGAAGAAUAUAAUCAUUAUUAAAUAAGAUAACUUUGUCAGUACUUGAUGUAAAUUGUUUUAUUUCUACAAUUAUCAGCCUGGAUAAUAAGCCUGUAAAAGGUAGGAUCAUGUGUAGUAAAUGGAUUGUUUUGUCAGAUGUGGGACAUGGACAAGGUUCCUCUGAGGUCUGAUAGGUCUUAGUCACUGUCAGCCAUCAGGGAGGACAGAACCAUAAAAUGUGCUGAGGAGUUUACUGUGUGUUUGAGGAGUUUGUAGAGGCCAGAUUUGAUGAUGAUCAAUGAAGAGGUUUAAGAGUUUGUAAUAUGGUUCUGCAAGUCUGUAAAGAGGUUUUGAGAGGAACCCCUCAAAGCCUUUUAUGAUGGUCUAUGAUCUUACCCUGUUUUGUUUUUCUGUGGCUGUUUGGGGAAAUGCUCUUGUCGACAUUUAAAACCUCUGGCAGUGUUAUUGAUGAUUAAAAAGUCACACAGGAGAUUUUAGUAAAGAAGCUCUAGAGGUGUGUGUGUGUGUGUGUGUGUGUGUGUGUUUCUAUUGACAUGUACAGCAACAGAUCAGGGUCUAAUUGAGGACCCACAGGAGACUUAAACGUCUCUUGUCUCUUGCAGCACAUGUCCUGCAUGUUGCAUUUGUGUUAUCCUCCUCUGAGACAUUAAAGGAAAUCUACACUGAAGAUGUCAUUUCUGAUCAGCUUGUUGUUGAUGCCCAUGUUGUUCUUCUGCUCUGUGUGUAAAGGCAAAUCACAUGAUAUCACCUAUUAUGUUGGACUGUGUAGAAUUUUCUUAAAAUAACAUUGUGUCAAAGUAUACACAGUAUUUAGUAAGCAGAUCAAAUUUCCCCAAAUAGAUUUAAAUGCUAAAACAAUUUCAUUUUUUACCUGGCUAUCAAACCUCUAUGCUUAUAAAAAAAAUGAAAAUAUCAUGAAAUCACUUAACCAAUCCAAAUGUCAUUUUGGCCCAAUACGUGGUUUAAUGUAAAUACAGGGGCACAAAACACAAACAACCAAUGUUACAAAAGGCAUAAUUUUUCUCUCACACUGAGAUGAUCUGUCUUUCAUUCAAAUGCUUAUCAUUUUGUGUGUGUGUGGGUGUGUGUGUGGGAUGAGGGUUUGUAGGUCUGUGUAUUUGGGUCUGUGUGUGUUCAGCAGCAUCAAAGCCAGAGACAGGAAGUGAUGUUGAUGCUCAGAUAAGCUGUGUUCGGUAACACAAACUCUUAACAUCUCAGAGCAGCGGCAGCACUUUGUGCAGUGGAAACAUCACAGUCUCUCUAAGGUGUAUUUCAGCAGACACACAGUCUUUCUGUCAUUGUUGUUGUUGUUGUUGUUAAAGUGUUGUGGGUGAGUUAGGAAUGUGCAGCCUGGUGUUUAAAACAGCAGCGGGCUGAUAAACGGAGCUGUAGGAUCCUCAGAAUCAGCAGAGAGGAGUUAAUCAGAAACUUUUAACCUUCAUCUCCCACUCUGCUCUGAGUGUGAAUGAACUCGCUCUGUCCCUAUGAAUGGAGCUGGAGUACAAUCAGCAUCUGUGUCUCUCCAUUUUUCACAUUUUCUCUCUUUUUGAUGAUUAUUCAAAUGGUCUUGACUUAGUUUCAGACAAAAACAAGUUUUAACAAAAUAAAGAAAACAGCACUGAGUCAUAAUAAGACUCAGAGUAGAAAAUCUGACACAGAUAGAAACCCAAUACAGACCUAGAGACCAAAACACACCACCAAGGAGAAAGAGGUCCCUGAAAUGGACUCUAAAGAAGUUUUAGCAGCUUUGGCUGUGGUUCCAGCAUCACUGUCUGAAGGCUUAGGGGUAUCCAGGAUGGUUCUAUGAGCCCUGAAAGAGGCCUCAGUAGUCGUUUAAGAUGUUCUCAUGGUCUCGUUGGUGACUGGUCUGGAUCAAGCAGUUUGUAGUAGUUCUUCAUUUAAAAAUGGUGUUAAAAGUUCUGGUGGUGGUGUAAAAUCUAUUUGUUGGGUUUAGGUUGUCUACUCUGGGUUUAGAAGGUUUUGGAGGUUCAAGUAGUCAUGUAGUUUGUAAUAAAGUACUUUCCUAGUUUCAGUGUGUGCUCAGAGGGUUACAGUCUGUAUUUGGGAGGUUACAGUACUCCUUUCGGUCUUUCUUGUGGUACUUUUACAGGUUGUAUAGUAAAAUUUUCAAAGGCCUCUCACUCUCUUGGGUUGUUUUUGUCUGGAUUUAGUAACAGCUUGGUCCCAGAGUUCUAAGGUUCUUGUCGACGUAACUUCAGCCUCUGGGGCAUGUCCGUGGUUCUAGUUCUGAUGUAAAGACUUGUGGUUGUCAUUUAGGUCUUAUUUAAAGUAAUGAACCAAGGUUCAAAAGGUCAGUGAAGAACUUGUUGUGCUUGAGUUGUUCUGGUCUGGAUUUUGGAGUUUGUAGUGGUCCUUUUGGUUGCUGAGAAAGUACUGUUGAAGUCUCAGAUCGUUUUGGUGGUUGAAAAGAGGUUUUGGCUGCGUCAGGGUUUCCAAGACCCACCAAGCAAGUCAGGAUGUUCUGAUGGUAUUGAUUAAGAGGUUGAAGGUAUCCUUUAGGUUGUUGUUAAAAGCAUAUCAAAGGUUCGUGUCAAAGGUAUUUCUAACAUUGCUGUUUAAGUCCCCAGACCUUUAAGUGGUUCUCAAAGUCCUCUCAGAGUCCUCCCUGGUUUUUCUUCCUUGAACGCUGAUCAGUUUAGUUUUUUGGAUUAUGUAACUCCACAUAAGUCUUUAUUCUGUGUUAAACAUUAGCAGUAUCCAGCAGCUUAUCAGUGUGUAUCCUGUCACAUCAGUUAUCAAGUGAAGGCCAGAACAUGCAGGAUUUGUGAUGGAGAACUGGUAACAGAACAGCUUCAGUCACUUUAAACAUUCAGAUCUUUUUCAGAUCUUCUGUAUCGAAAUCUGAGUUUAAAAUUUUAAGACAAAUACAUCCUUGAGGUUCUGCAUUUAAACAUACCUCAGCAUUGACACAAACAGUAUGAAUUCAUCAUGACGUGGCAGUAUAAUGACGAUAACAGGUUACAAUAAGGGGAAAUAUUUGGUUAAUAUUUAUGGUCAAUGACAUGAAGAGAGCGGCCUCUCAUAUAACUGCCUUUAAUGAUGUCAGUCCUUCACUCUCCUGCUGCCACAACACAGAGUCAGUGUUCAUUCAGAGCACAGAGACACAAAAGCUUCAUUCAUGACACGAACACUGACUUCAUGACGGCUCCACGUUUGAUCAACCUGCUGUCGACAAACUGAACUCCUGACUUUCUCUCUGUUUUUGACUCUCCCAACCAAUGUUGCAAACGCUGAUACUUCUGAUUUUAUUCAUACAUCAUUUUGUGUUUUUGAUGUUAAUCUUAAUUCUAAAAAUGAGAAUUAAAUAUGCAGCGAUGAUUACCUCAAAGACAAAAUCUCAGUAGUUUUUUCAUGAAUGAUUAAAUGUAGUUCUAGUAUCUAUAGUGUUAGCAUAUAAGCAUCCUUUGUGUAUAUUAGCUUUCUAUUAUUUCUGUUUACGUAUAAGACUGUUGAUGUUGAUUUUUUAUACCUUAAAUAAAUGUCUAUCUGUUAAAAAUCUAGCAUGUUAAAACUCGAGUAUUAGCAAAUAAGCAUCAUAAACUUUCUCACAAAAUAUCAACAUUUCUGGCAUGUUAAGAUGCUAAUAAGUGCUUUUGCUGCCUGUUAUGUGUUCACUAAUGUUGGCACUGCAAACACCCAACAUUUAGCAUAUUAGCAUCCUAGCAUGUAAAAACGCGAACACACUAAGUCUAACAUGCUAAAUUUUAGGAUUGACUAAUAGACGGGUUGAAAUUUUUACAGCCCAUUAAUAUUCAUGUUUUAUGCUGUUAAUAUUUUAGCAUUUAAAGAUUACAGCAUUUAACAGGUUAGCAUUCCAGCAUGUAAAUAACUUAAUGGGCUAAACAUGUCAUGCCAAAUUUAAAUUAAGCUUAACCAUGUCAAUACAUUUAGUACCUGUAAAACUUUAUACUCUGUAUUUUAGUUUAAUGUCUGACACUGAGAGGUAACCCAAAGUUUUCAACUGUUGAACAAACAAAGAUAUAUAACUUUGGGCUUAUUCACUCAUGAUCUCAACACAUGCUCCCAAGUAAAUGCUUUAUAACUUAAUUUUUCAAAAUUUGGCCUGUCUUUUCAACAUGCUGGCAAGCAAAUCAGCACACAUGCCACUUUGCAAACAUUCAAUGCUAGGAAAUUAAACACCAAAAAACAGAUGCAUUAGGGUUUAUUUUUUUAUUUUUUUUUAAAUCCAAACGUGUAUAUGCAGUACAGCUGCUUAAUGUGAGUUUGCCAGCCAAGGUUUUACUUUCCUUGUAAGGGCACUAAACUUAAUGAUAACUUCGACCAAAGUUCAUAGCUGUUAUCAUCAUUAUUCCGAUUUUUCUGAUUUACUUUGACAAUAUCGAUUAUUUUCUUAAAAUUUAAAAUAUUUCAGUGUUUCAACUUCUCACAAAUGGAAAGCAGGCAUUACAGAAGCUCACCUUGUGUCUGUGUGAACAGAAACAAUGAGAGCCUUUCAUAGGGACUGAUAGUGAGCGUGUAAUCAAACAUUACUCAUGGUUCUGCUGCUCUGUCAACAGUCGGGCAACGAUGACUCAGUCAGGCAGAGAUAAGGUUCGUCAACAGAUAGCUGGUGAUUCCUGUUCAGAUUUUACCUCCUUAAUGAGCUCAACCAGCAGCUGAGGGGUCUAAGGGUCCAGCUGUUCACCUAUCUGUCUGUGUGCUCUCCUGUCUUCAGUGCUGGCGAAGCUGAUCUGGGACCUGCAGUCCUUCCUGUCUGUUCUUGACUCAGAGAACCUGAGUUAUAUCGCUCAGGCUCAGAAGAAAUCUAUUUCAGAGCUGCUGUCCAAACUGCAAACAAACGACACUCCUGGUAAUGAUCAUUCUGCUCGAAAUGAUGAUAACAUGAUUCUGCUGAUAAAACUUUAAAAGCACUAAAACUGUCAGUGUCCCUCCAAGCACUUAGAGGCAGUCAUAACACUGCAGAUGUUCACUGACACACAUGGGUGUUUGAUGUUAUUCUAGUGGAGGAUGCUGAAUACAUGAUCAUGAGCUGUCCAUCAUCGUCUCCUAGCAAUGAGCUGACAGACUCAUCUGUAACAGGUAACAAUGAUCAUAGUAACGUCAUACACACUAUCAUAUUACACUGAAGAUAUGCCAUCACUUAAAUGUCUUUAUACUGUAUAUUUCCAUUCAUGUCAUUUGUUGAUUGUUUGUUGUUUUCCAGAAAGAGUCGGGUCCUCUGAGCUGGUCUCAAAGCAGGACUCAACUGUGUGGCUGAGAAACUCAGUAAGUCAACACUAAUGUUUGUAACAUUUCCUAUCCAGUGUAUAUCAGUCAGCAUAUGUACUGACUGUAGACACCAUAAUGCCCUGAGUUUGGCAUCUGCUGAUUCUCUGGAGUGAGGAAUGACCAUAUUUACAUGAGAAAGUGGAUCUAGAGAGGAGCAAAAGGGUUGCUUAAAGCCAAGUUGUCAAAGGUAAACACUCAACAACUGUGGCUAAUUCACAGCCGGUGUACCUGUGAUGAUAAUGUGGCGGAUGACUGACACGAACCUGCCAAAUUCAACUACCCUCAUGACCAUCUCCUGGGUUCUGCUUCUUUGUGUUUACAGAGUACUAUGUUGCCCAAAGCUCCCAGUCCUCCAGACCUCACAUCUUAAAAUAAGAGCAGAAUUAGUUCAAGAUACUCCCCUGUAGAGACGACUUCAGAAAUAAGGAAGUUACCAAGACCAGGAUGUAAACAUGUUUGUUUCUGCAGGACAAUCAGGCAUAUAAAUAUGGGACCUAAUGGGGAUUGGCUCACUGUUGGAGCUGGCCUCAAGUGGCCACUCUAGGAACUGCAGUUUUUUGCACUUAUUGGUUUCAUUUGCAGCUUUGUUGAACACACUCUACCAGAGCUUGAACGGCACUUUCAGAUCAGAAUACUCACCCCACCACGGCAAAGAAGCAUCUUUUACAGCUGAAAUGAAAAACAUAUGAAGGAAGGUAAAUUUAGCCAUUCCUGAAGUUCAAACCAGACUUUCUCUGAAUCAGAUUCUCUUUGCACUUGUUGUUUUUUUGCUCUCCUGCACUUCUUGACCUCUUGAUGGUUUCCCUCGAGGUUAAAGAAAAGUGGUCGGGGAAGAAAAAAGGUCUUUUUUAAGAUAACAGGAGGAGGAGGAGGAGGGGAGGGAGGAGGAGGAGGUUUGUGAUGUGGGUCAGUAAUGACAGACUCCAGUCCUCCUGAGGUUUGGGAGGAGACGGCAGGGUUACAGUGCAUGUGUGUGUGUGCUGGAGGGAGUGACAGGAUAUUCAGUGUUUACAUAUGAAGCCAUCUCCUCUCUAUCUUUCCUCCUAUUGGCUGAGAGCUCUGCAGAGGGGGGAAGUGGUCACUGAUGGCGGCUGAUUAGCAUCUGGCCUACGUGAUGGAUGGGCAAACUUACACACACAAACACACACACUUAGUAACCUUCUCUCCUGGGAAAUUUUGCUCAUAUGCAUUGAAUUCAAAGACAUGUUGUGUUCACAAGCAGCAUUCAGUGUGGGUUAAAUUCAAGAGUGUAAGAGUAAGAGUGUGGAGAAAGGGUUUGUGUAAUGAACUGUUGUAUAAGAAGAACUGUGUCUUCUGAGUGUUGUUGGAUUUCUUUAUUUCCUUAGCCUCACCGUAGUGACAGUUUGAAAAUAUGUCUUAGUUGAAUUGUCUGUUUGUCACUCGUGUGUUUGUCUGUUCACACAUGGAUUGUUGUGUGUUUUGAAUUGUUUAUUUUUGUCUCGGUUUAACGUUUACCAUGAAGAGAGUGGAAUGUAUGCAGUUGGUCAGAUAUUACAAACUUCCUCUUAGGGCCGUAAAGUUGUAUCAUAAUGUAGUGUGUCAGGUCAUUUGUACCAUAGUCACUUAUAUUAUAUUUUCACAUUUUACAUCAUAAUUUCAUGUUGUAUCAUUUUACAUCCGUUCAUAUAAUUUCAUAUAAAAUUGAGUUCUUUUAUAUCAUAACCCACGGUGGUUACUAGAAUAGGGAUCCAAGAUCCCUUGAGGGGGGACAAAACUCUGGGUCACCAUAUUGAUCGUUCUGUUUCCAAUCAUAUCAUACUGUAUCAUUCUGUAUUCUACUGUAUUCUACUGUUUUGCACAAUAAAGACAACUUUUUGUUUCCUGUGAUAUCAGAUCCAGGGCCCUGUGGUCCCGCCCCUCCCACCAGGAGGCUUAGGGGGUGAUGAUGAUGAAGAUACAUAUGAGGAGGCAGAACCCUACGUAGCUGACACAAGCAUGUCUAACACAGGUAUCUGCACACAAACACACACACAAUCGCAGAAAGGUCUUACAAACACAGGAAUCUUAUGAAAUGAUUUUGUCCCGCUUCAGAGAAGGUGGAGUCAGACAGCAGUCACUACGAAUCGUACGGGGAGGAUGACGAUGUAGAUGACAGAGUAAAAGACAGGGCUCACUACAUCCACUGGAGUGCCUCCCAGCCCUGUCUUAGACCCGCCCCUGAGUCCCGCCUCUGUGGUUACCUGUGGAGGAGGAAGUGGCUCGGACAGUGGACCAAACAGCUGUUCAUCAUCAGGAAUGACGUGCUGCUGGUGAGCGAGUGGAUAAAUUUGGCUUUUUUUUUUUUUUAUUCCACUUUUAUUUUGACUAAUCUGUAACUCUGUGUGUGUGUGUGUGUGUGUGUGUGUGUGUGUGUGUGUGUGUGUGUGUGUGUGUGGUUAUCAGUGUUAUAAGUAUGCUCAGGACCUGCUGCCUCAGCUGGAAUUAAACCUGCGCGGCUGUCAGCUCAUCUACAAGUCAAAGAGCAAUGGGAAGAUCCAGCACCAGCUCAAACUGGUUCUGCUGGGCUCUGAGUCUCUGGUUCUGGGAUACAGCAGCUUCCAGCAGGCCGACGAGUGGAGGAGGGUCAGCCAAACAAAACACAGCAAACAAACAACACAACAAACACACAGCACAACAGGCACACAUUUCACUGACCGCUAACAUACUCCAUGCUGUACUGUCAACAGACUUCAGUGAUGUGUCUUUGUGUUUAUACACUUGAUGUUUAGCUCAGCCCCUUAAUCAAGGAACUGUCAGGCUUCCUGGUAUGAAAGCUCAGCCACAGUUUUCUGCAGACAGGGCUAAGUCUGCUGUGUAAUUUAGCUCAUUUUGAGAGACUCUGACCUAAGCACUCAUCUCUUAUGUGUUUUUUAGCACUUUCCUUUGCCACCAGAAUUGUUUUUGUAGAGCACUUUGGUACUGGUUCCCCCAGCAGAUUCUUAUUAAAUGUGUCAAGCAAUACUCACUGGUAACAUGUAAAUCAUAAAACCUAGCUCCAAAAGUCCUGAAAUAUCCCUUUAAUGUGUGUGUAUGUGUUUGUUUGUGCAGGUAAUGGAGGAGGUAAGUGUUGGAGGGGAAGCUGAGACCCAGAGCUGCCCGUCACUGACCAAAUCAGAACAGCUGCUGUCCUGCAGGGUGAGAGUCACUCACAGAACACAACAUUUGUACCAGGGAUGCCCUCCGCUUUUAUGUCCUCCAGUACUGAUCUGAUUUUUCAAUAUUGAGGAUCCUGAUAGAAGUUUUGUAAUUGCCUAGGAAUAUUGUCACAGUAUUUCUCGAUGAAUCUUCAUAAAAUCUGAGUCCACUUUGUUUUAUGUUUGUCUCUAGUCCAGUACAGUCUUGUCUGAGUCUGAGGAGGAAAAACCUUCAGCUGACUGCAGCCUCAAAAAACGCAAAGGUACUGAAACUGUUCAACUGUUACCUAGAGGACUGACUGAUCUGACUGUCGCUGCAAAGUUGGUUUAUAAUGUUGUCAUUCAAUGAAACCGUACAAGAGUGAACAGGUAUCCCACUCAGUGACCUCUGACCUCUGUCUGUGUGGGACUGACAGGUUUCCUGAGUGUGCUGAUGAACUGUCAGUGGCAAAGUUUACGCUGUCAGGUGGAGGACAGUCUGCUUAACAUGUUUGGACAAGAGGAGGAUGAGGAGGAGGAGAAGGAGGGAGAGGAGGUGAAGAAGGAGCUGUCGCCUCAGUACACCGUCCAGCUCAGAGGGUGUGAAGUCCAAUCGGGACCUGACACCGACUACUCCUACAGGAUCACACUGAGCAUGCUCGAUGACCAGGUGGCUGUACUGGAGGUGAGGAGACACAGCAGGUAAACAGAGAUGAAUCGUUUUAGUGAUCGUUCGUAAACUCACCAUUUAAUGUGCUCUUUGGUUUUUCAGGUCAGCAGUUUAGAAGAAAAAGAGCGAUGGUUGAAACUGCUGCAAGAUGGAGCUGCCGAGCACAGUCACUGUGACAACAACAACACAAAAGAGCACACGGGUGGAGCUUUCCGGUAAGACACUGUAUGAUGCCUAGGGAACAUGUUGUCUUCUCUGGAUUUGAGAUCUUCAAUUCCUUUCCCAGUUCCUCAAGAAAAAGGCAUCUCCUCCGGGGCUUCCCUCCGUUCCACUCUGGGUUCAGUGCCAUUUAAAUGACAUAGACGUUGUACGCUGAGACAUCCAAUAUGUCCAAGAAUAUCGCUAAUGUAGGGUCCUCCAUCUGCAGCUGGAGGCGGUCAUCAGCUUGUCCACGUUAUUUACCCCACCUCUCCUUUUUUGGCAUUAUAAUCCACAGUGAUCUCUAUUUUCAGAUGUUCCUGGUCAUAGUUUAUAAUGAUAAUAACUUUAUUUAUAUAGCAUCUUUCAAAACAGACAUUCACAAAGUGUUUUAACAGAUAAAACAAACAAAGGCUUGUUCUUUAGUUAUGUUUGAGAUGGAAUCGUGCAAGAGAAAUUAUUAUUCUAAAAAAUUUAAAAUACCAGUGGACCAAGAAUAGAACCCUGAAGUACCCCACAUGUGAUUGCUCUACUCCUCUUUGUUCUCCUAUUUUGAUUGUCUUGUUUCCUCUUCAGUGGUUUGAAGACUCGAAGGUUCCCCACCUCCAACACCUACAUGGACGACCCUUUCUGUCUGAGCAGAGAAGGCAGAAGCCAACCGAUCUACUCAAACACUUCCAUACUGGAGCACAUGGUACACACACGUACGCACGCACACACACACUCACAGUGCAAAAGGGUCCAAAAUCAUCCUUUUCUAAAGAUAUAACAUUAGCAUUAGGAAGAACUGCUAUGAAUAAGUUAAAUUUUGUGAUUUACCAAAGAUUACAUUCCUGCAGCACUAGAUGCUGAGUCCUCCCCUGUAACACUUUCAUGGACUAUAUGCAGAGACAGUGUUGAGCACUUCAAGGGAUAUUCCAGAGUAAAAUUAAAUGAGGGUCAAACACACACCAUAACAGCAAGUUAGACAUUCCAUCAAGAGAUGAAUGUUGUCAACUGCUUGCUUCUCUAGGUAUACCAACUUUAGUAACGACCGCAGGAUAGCAAUACACAGAGGUCUGGGGAGCCACACACAAACCUCAACCAAAAAGCCACUCUAUAGCCACAAAUAAUGUUCAGAACAGCACCUAACUUCAUCAACAGUACAUACAGGGUCCCAGCCAUAGCACUAGCCAUCAAACAUCUUUUUAGCUUUGCCUGGUUUCUUUAGCUAAGAGACUAAACACAACUUACCCACUCUCCUCCAGCAGCCGCUUGUUUGUAGCGGGACCUUGGGCCAGUCCAUUACGGACUGCUGUGGGGUGACGCAGCUCAAAGAAGAACAUUUAUGAUCAUUUCUUUAUGGAAAUUCAAUCAGACUGAGACACUAAGGCAGAAGAACUACAGCAUCUGCAGUGUUAAAUUAUUAAUAUGAUAUUUAUUACUUCAAGGAAAUGAUAAAGAAAUGAUCAUAAAUGUUCUUCUUUGAGCUGCGUCACCCCACAGCAGUCUGUAAUGGACUGGCCCAAGGUCCCGCUACAAACAAGCAGCUGCUGGAAGAGAGUAGGUGAGUUGUGUUUAGUCUCUUUGCUAAAGAAAUUAGGCAAAGCUAAAAUGAUGUUUGGUAGCUAGUGCAAUGGCUAGGACCCUAUAUGUACUGUUGAUGAAGUUAGGUUCUGUUCUGAGCAUUAUUUGUGGCUAUAGAGUAGCUUUUUGGUUGAGGUUUGUGUAUGAGACCACUGUGUAUUGCUAUCGUGUGGUUGUUACUAAAGUUGGUAUAACUAGAGAAGCAAGCGGUCGGCAACAUUCAUCUCUCGAGGGGGUGUCUAACUUGGUGUUACUGCGUAUGACCCUAAACUAAUCUUACUCUGGAAUAUCCCUUUUAAUGCUUGUCUCAGGGUUUUUAUUGACCCUGUCAGGUUCACCCAUCUCUAAAACAGCCUAUUAUCGGCCAAAAUCUCCUGAAACAGCUCAGAUUUGUGAAAGGCCUAAAAAAAACCCAAAGGGGAUAGAGAUGCACAGUCGUCUUUAAGACACUUAUAUAAGAACAAUUAACUCAAAAGUUAUUGUAAAUUUUUUCAGCCCAAUGAUGCAAUUAAAAAGUCUAUUACAGCUACAGAGAAAUACAAAGAUUUGGGGUCUAAGACUAAAAAUUGAUGAAAAUGGGAAUAAUGGGUCAUAAGAUCAGACCACACAGAUUCAUAAUCUAAACAAUAACAGUAAAUUUGUGUCGUCUUUCAGCUCAGCAGCUCUCAGGACUCUGUUCGCUGCAGCUCGGUGUCCUCCAGAGACUCAGUGACCUACAGCAACACCGUCUUCACCACCCAGAGUGAGUCUCAUCGAAUUAAGAAACCCUUUAACAGGAAACAUCAAACCUCAGAGGGUCUUCAUUAAACAUCCUUCUCAGUAACAAGAGACUAAUUUUCAGUCUUUGUGACAGCGCUGAAAAAAACUUCAGUGAACUGUCAGAGUUAGAAGAUGUUGGAAAAGUGAUGAAUAAUUGAAUAAUGGAUCUUCAAUGUUAGGUUGUUUUUUUUUUUGUUUGUCCAGCAAUUUUUCUUUCUGACAUUUCUGACCAAAAAUUAAAUCAGUUAUACAGGAGAAAAGUCAACAUCCAGUGGGCCCUACAGAUAGCCAAAUGUUGCAGUAUGAAGUUGCACUUAAAAAAUUAAACAUUGACCCAAAGGUUGUCAAUGUAGUACUUUACCAUAAAAUCCAAUACUUAAUGACUGUCUGUGUGACUGUUUUUCAGGCAGGAAGUCGGCAGAUGUGGAGCGAGCCGUUCAGAAGCUGGAGCUGACAGGGAAACACCCAGUGCAGCUGAGGGCGGGGUCAGAGAUCAACCUGGCAUCCGUGGGGAAGCAGAACAAACGCACAUCUUUCAGACAGUCACUGGCUGUCUGCACUGAGCGCGCCCAGGUGGGGAAACAGGGACAAAUGGCUUACAAGAUUGUUAAUUAAAGAAGAACACAUUUACUUAUUACCAUUUUUAACCUCAGAGAAUACAUGCUCCAUUUUUCUAUCUGCAUAUCAAUAAACAUGUAUGUGAAAGACUGUGGUUACAAAACCAACAACUGUUCGAAGACUGUAGAUAAGAAGUGAAAGUUGAUGUCAGAAAAAAGAAAACCUGAUUUUUAAAGGCUAGCAGAGGAUGACCCCAACAGCAGAUUUACUGAAGUUGAAUUUUAAAAGCUCAUCUUGUAUAUUAUUUUUAUAUCUUAUGUAGUCAUAUGUUUAUUCUUUAAAACAGAAUCAUAUAAGGUAUUUAUUAGAGAUCAGGGAAAAUUUGCAUAGAAGUCAAACUAUUUUAAAAUGGAAUAAAAGAGCUUUCUGCUAUGAAUCCUCCUUUACUUAUUGGCAUAAGUUUUACUCUGCAUGUGAGCAGCUUCAGUUACACAUACACAUGUACUUUAUUUCAUCUUGGCUUUUUAUUGCAGGAUUAAUUUCUUUAUUUUCUGCUUUAACUCUGUUGAUCUGUUUGUGUCCAGGCGAGUUUUCUGAACCCUCUGCUGCGACGGACGGCUUCAGCUAAAAACUCCCUGAGACGAGCUCCUUCAGCGCUCUUCAUCGAACACGGGAAGGUUUUCCAGAGGAGGAAGGUCAGAGUCUCACAGUCUGCUUUAUCAGACUCUAAAUACAGUUUCUCUUUACUGACAGUUCCCUCAAAGUCACCCCCCUUAAUCAACCAUCAAUGAAAUUAUCAGUAUCUGAGGGAUUUCUCAUCAUUUUUUUGAAAGUUUCCAUUCUGACUCUUUGAAAUAACACAGACUAAGUGCUAAUUUGAUGUUUUCUGUUUGUCUGAUCGUCUCUUCUGUGCUUUCACAGGAGUGGGAAACUAAAGCUGCUGUUUGACAGUCUGAUCGUCACAUCAGCUGAGGAGUCUUCAAGCACAACAUGGAUAUAAUUUAAAGAGAUAAACUUUGUUUUUUUAUUACCUCCGCCAAGGAGGUUAUGUUUUCGGUAGCGUUGAUUUGUUGGUUGGUUUGUUUGUUUGUUUGUCUGUUAACAACUUUACAGAAAGGUUACAGAUGGAUUGACCUGAAAUUUUCACCAGAGGUGCGUCUCAGACCCAGGACGAUCCCAUUACAUUUUGGUGGUGAUCUGGAUCGCCUUCUGGAUCCAGGAAUUUUUUGAAGGAUUCUUUAUCAUUGUGAGAUAGGGCACAUUUUGGAAUUUUUGCAUUUAACUCUAUAAAAAUGGCCAGAGUCUUUAAUAAAAAAAUUACACAAAAGGAUCUCAAUGAGUUUCAUGAGGUGUCAAAGGUUGAUCCUGAUCCAGAC